ACCUUUGGAGGUGCUAAAAAUACAAAGGCGUUUUUAUUUUCACUCCUUUUUUAGAAAUCCCCGCUUGACAAGCUGACUGUACUUUUUGCGAGAGUGGGCAAAAUGGCCCCAAAAUGAAACACUUCUUUUAGCUUAACGCUGGAAACAGGCAAAAUAAGCACAGAAUGGUGUGUUUUUUUUUUUCUUUUUUGCGCAUCGAUCAGCGUUGGAGAAUGAAUUACUCGGCUGAUUAGCACACGUUGUAUAGCAGCAUAUAACAACGUAAGUGCCAUUUUUUUUAUCUAAACGGGGAGGAACGAUGUCACAAAAUUUGCUAAAAUGUAGUACAUAUACCUAUGCAGCCCUUUUUUGUAAGUGUAUAAAUACGUAUAUGUGUAAGUUGCGAUAGUCCAUCUCUGUGGAUUACCCAAAGCUGAGGAAGAACAAAAUGAGCGUCAUAAAAAGGAUCUUGAGCAGGCUGAGCAUGAACAGAACGAACAAGGGGAAGAACAAUUUCCUCGUGUUAGAAAAAAAAGAAAAGUUGGAAACCCCAUACUUAUAUUUGUCCCUAUCCGCCUGCAUGCUUGGACUAUCCUUUGCCUUCGUGCCACUGUACCAACUGUUUUGCCAAUCAACGGGAUACGGUGGAACCAUACAAAAUAAAAUCGACAUCAGGAAAGUGUUGGAGAAAAAAAAGGCAAAUAAUAAGAACAGAUUAAUUGAAGUGAACUUUACGAGUCAGUCUAAUAUGCCAUGGGUGUUCGAGCCAGAACAGAAAAGUAUAAUUGUAAAACCUGGGGAAACGGUGUUAGCAUUUUAUAAGGCCAAAAAUUUGCUUGACAAGCCAAUUAUAGGAAUAGCUCUCUACCAUGUGCUUCCUGACGAGGCAGGUUUAUACUUCAAUAAAAUUCAGUGUUUUUGUUUUGAAGAGCAGAUGCUAAAUGCGAAUGAAGAAAUUGAUUUGCCAGUUUUGUUUUUCAUCGAUCCAGACAUUUUAAAUGAUUCUCGAUUAAAAAAUUUGGAGAAAAUUACCCUGUCGUAUAUUUUUUUUGAGUCUGACUCGGAAAUCCCCGAGGAAUAUCAGCACCUUUCAAGGGCAAUCGCGCCGAAGAAGAAACCCGAAAUUCAAGUCAUUUGA